AUGUCAGAAGAAAUUAUUGCUAAUGUUGAUGAACUCCAUAAAAAUGGUGAAUUUGCUAAAGUAUUUGAAACUUUAACCGAAGCUGAUAAAAAUUCACCAAAUAAUGUAGAAAUAUUAUGGCGUCUUUCAAGAGCUUACUUUGACAAAAAUGAAGAAACCAACGAUAAAGCACAAAAGAAACAAUUUGUUGAAACCUCUGUCGAAUAUGCUAAUAAAGCUAUUACUGCUGAUCCAAACCAUUGGGCUGCUCACAAAUGGGUUGCUAUCAGUUUAUCAGCAUUAGGUGACCAUGUCAGUUCAAAAGAAAAAAUUGCCAAUGCAUUCAAAAUUAAGGAACAUGCUGUUAAAGCUGAUGAAUUAAAACCAAAAGAUCCAACCACUCUUCAUUUAUUAGGUAGAUGGUGCUUCUCCAUUGCUUCAAUUGGUUUCAUUGAAAGAGGUAUCGCCUCUGCUUUAUUCGGUACCCCACCAACUUCAACUUAUGACGAAGCUCUUAAAUACUUUUUAGCUGCAUAUGAAGCCGAUCCAAAUCUUAUUCGUAAUGCUAUUUUCAUUGGUGAUUCCUACACCCAACUUAAAAAUACUCCAAAAGCUAAAGAAUUUUACAAAAUCGCCGCUUCCAUCGAACCAAAGAACGAAUUUGAAAAGACUUUAGUUAAAGAAGCACAAAACAAAGCCAAAUAA